ACGGCCCCAGGGCCCCGAGGCCGCGGCGGGCGACGAGGACGAGGGUCCCAUUUGUGCACAUCACCAGAGGAUAUGGCAGCCCUGGGGGCAGUACAGGAGCCACUCUCUGCUUCAGCCCACAUCAGCUUCCCAUCACCUGGAUCCCUUUCAGGGCCUCCGCAUCAUGAGAUGCUACUGCACCUCCAGGAUCCCCAAUACGAUUAUAAGACCAGGACUGACAACAAGUUACUGAUCCCAAAGCAGGAAAUUUCUGAAGAAAUAGAAUCUUGUGGAACAAUAUCAGAAAUACUCCAAACAGAUGUUCUCCAGAAACCCAAAUGUGGAGAAAACUAUGAACUUCAAAGCAGGUUAGAUAGUCAGGUGGGAAUCUCGGCUGAGAAGAGAUGGAGAAACUCCCUUUCCCAGCAGAGAAAGACACAGGUCACAGUCAUGCAUGAAGAAACCCCAAGAGAUGAGAGAGGCCAUGAAUGUACUGGAUUUGGGAGAAAUUUCAGCCUGAACUCAAACCUUGUUAUAAAGCAGAGAGUUCCUACAGGUGUGAGACCUCACAAAUGUGAUACUUGUGGCCAGAGCUUUGGCCAGCGCUCAGUCCUUAUUCAGCAUCUGAGAAUUCAUACUGGAGAGAAACCUUUUGAAUGUAAUGAAUGUGGGAGAGCAUUCAGCCAGAGAUCUGAAAUUAUUAGGCAUCGGAGAAUUCAUACUGGAGAUAAACCCUAUGAAUGUAAUGAAUGUGGCAAAGCAUUUAGUCACAGAUCAACCCUUAUUGAACAUCAAAGAAUUCACACUGGAGAAAAGCCCUUUGAAUGUAAUGAAUGUGGGAAAGCUUUCAGAGGAAGGUCAGACCUUAUUCGGCAUCAAAGAAUUCACACUGGAGAAAAACCCUAUCAGUGUAAUGAGUGUGGAAAAGCCUUUAGUCACCGAUCUGUCUUUAUUGCACACCAGAGAAUUCACACUGGGGAGAAACCUUACGAAUGUCAUGAAUGUGGCAAGACCUUCAAUUGGAGCUCAAGUCUUUUCCAACAUCAGAGGGUCCAUAGUGGAGAGAGACCCUAUGAAUGUAAUGAAUGUGGGAAAGCUUUUACACAACUUGCAGUUCUUAUUGAUCACUUAAGAACUCACACUGGGGAAAAACCUUAUGAAUGUAAUGAAUGUGGGAAGGCCUUCAGUCAUGGCUCAAACCUUCUUCAGCAUCAGAGAAUUCAUUCUGGCGAGAAACCAUAUGAAUGUUGUGAAUGUGGAAAAGCCUUCUGUCACAGCUCAAAACUUAUUCAGCACCAGAGAAUUCACACCAGAGAAGGGAAGCCUUAUGAAUGUAAUUACUGUGGGAAAACCUUCAGUCAAAUUGCAGAUGUCACAAAGCACCAAAUAACUCACACUGGAGAGAAACCAUAUGAAUGUAAUUACUGUGGGAAAGUAUUCAAACAAAGCUCAGAUUUUACUAAACAUCUAAGAAUUCAUACUGGGGAAAAGCCCUUUGAAUGUAAAGAAUGUGGAAAAGCUUUUAGUAACAGCUCAGAUGUUGUUAUUCAUCAGAGAAUUCAUACUGGAGAGAAGCCUUAUGAAUGUAAUGAAUAUGGGAAAGCAUUCAAUCAAAGUUCACAUCUUAUUCAACAUCAAAGAAUUCAUACUGGGAAGAAACCAUAUCAAUGUAAUAAAUGUGGGAAGACCUUCAGCCAGAACUCUGAUCUUAUUCAACACGAAAGAAUUCAUACUGGAGAGAAACCUUUUAAGUGUAUUGAAUGUAAGAAAGCCUUCAGUAGAAGCUCACUUCUUAUUGGACAUUGUCGAAUUCAUACUGGUGAAAAAUCAUUUGACUGUAAUAAGCGUGGGAAAGCCCUCAGUCACAUCACAGGUUUUGUUCAACAUCAAAGAAUUCAUACGGGAGAGAAGCCUUAUGAAUGCAGUGAAUGUAGGAAGGCCUUUAGUCACCAUUCAGUCUUAAUUCAGCAUCAGAAAACUCAUACUGAACAGAAACCAUUUGAAUGUAAUAAAUGUGGAAAAACUUACAGUAGGAGCUCAAUCCUUAAUGAACAUCAAAAAAUACAUACUGAGGAGAAGCUACAUGAAUGUAGUAAUUGUGGAAAGCUCUUUAAUAGAACCUCUCACCUUAUCAGACAUCAAAAAUUUAUACUAGAGAAAAGCCACGUGAAUGCCACCUAUGUGGGAAAGCCUUUCUUUGUCUAUCAUUUCUUAUUAAACAUGAGAGAAAUCACACUCAAGUCAAUUUGUGAAUAUGAUAUAUAGCAGAGGAAAACUUUGUGGCUCAAAGAGCUCAUUUUUUAUC